AUGUUGAAGGGAAAUUUUUCAAAUUUUUCUUCUUUUGUCCUACGUGGGAUUGAUAUAGAAGUGUGUAAACAUUUAUCGUCAACUUGUCAGUGUAUAUCUACUCUUAAAAGGAUUUACACAACCAUGAAUAACGUGAUAAUAGCAGACUUUGACGAGACUGUCACGAACAGGGAUACUACAUGUAUAGUAGGGCAGUUACCAUACACUUUAGAUCCUAAAUUAAAACCUGCUUGGUCACACUUUGUCGACGUUUAUUAUGAACACUAUAAAAAAUUUCAAUCAAACAUUAAUAGCAGGGUUUUACCACUAUUACCACUAGGGAAGGAGACUGUUAUUACAGAUACCAAUUUUACGCAACUUUUCCAUGCGGAAGUUGACUUCCAAACAAGUAAAAGGCUUCUUGAAUUGUCUAGCACUACUGAGAUUGAAUCUCGUAAUGUGUUCAAAGGAGUAAAGCAUGAACAGGUUCGUUCAUUUGUGGAAAACAAUCUUCAAGGUGCUGAUUCACUUUUAAGACCAGGUUUUUCGAAUUUCAUCUCUUUAGUACCAAAAGAUAACUUUCACGUUGUGUCCGUAAAUUGGUCACCAGAAUUCAUUAGACAUGUUAUUGGUGAUGAAAAGAUUCAUCCACAUCACAUUGCAUGCAAUAAUCUAAUCUCUGACGGUGAUGAGUAUACUGGUCAGUUUACCAAUGACUUAUUGACAGGAUCAGAUAAAAUUAAGGUAAUUCAGCAAAUUUUGUCAUAUUAUGACAGUAAAGAAAGUGAUCAUUGUCUAUGGUAUGUAGGCGAUAGCGAUACUGAUCUAUUAAGUGUGCUUUUCCCCAAUAUCAACGGUGUCUUACUGAUUGAUCCAAUUAAAGAAUCCAAAAAAUUUCAGAAGCUUACUGUUCAAUUAUUAGGGUUACCUCAGAAAGAGAUGGAUGAAUUUGCUCACGAUUCAUCUCUAGGUUGGUAUACCUGUUGUACAAAGCAAGGUGGGAAAACUGUCUAUAUAGUCAAAUCGUGGAAUGAUUUACAAAGAUUAAUUUUUGGAGAAAAUUGA